GACGUCGCAUCUCGUUCGGAUAUAAGCAUAAUCGUGACCACCCAACGUCAAUCCAUGGCCGCUCCCUCUCAGCACCUUCAGUAGUGAUUACCACACACAGCAGAAUCGAACCGACCGACACAUACAAGUGGUACAAAAUUGACGACUCAAAACUGAGAAAGGACCACGAACUUCGGAGGCCGCUUCUAGACGCCUACCCACACAACAUACUGACAUACGACUCUUCCACCAUCCAGACAAGACUCGAGCAGAGCCUGAAGCAACCAACUCCCCAUCAUGCCCAAACCCUCCAAGUCUAGCAAGUCAAAACCCCCAGUGCAGCAACAGCCGUCGGCCAAACCACCCUCAUGGCCGCCCUUCAAGCCUCCCCUCCCUGUCGCCUACCUACAACCAGAGUAUCACCCCCAAACCCAAAAGAUCGCCCUGAUAUCCUCCUUCUUCCCCCGCUCCCUGUGCAGAGACUACGUCAGCUUCCUGCGCACCCUGCCGCUGGUCACGACCCCCGGAAAGCCCAAGCGCGGCGAGGCCGUCCGGGUCAAUGAUCGCUUCCAGGUGGAGGACCCCGAGUUUGCGCGCAGGCUGUGGGAGGACACGGGGUUGAAGAACGUUGUGGCCGACGGCGACUGGAAAGAUGAGUGGGGCGGCGAGGUCGUAGGACUUAGUCCCAAUAUUCGCAUCUAUCGGUACUCAAAAGGGCAGUACUUUGACUGUCACUACGACGACUCAAACAUGAUCACACUGCCGCAGCGUGAAGGGCCACCUCUAUCGACAAAGACGACGUGGACACUCUUGCUGUACUUGACGUCAGCUGCCGAGGGCUGCAAAGGCGGCGAGACGGUGUUCUACACCCAUGACCGACAGACGCCCUCGGAGGAGAUCGCUGUGCCGUUGGAGACCGGCAUGCUGCUACUGCAUAAGCAUGGCGAUGACUGCUUACUGCAUGAAGGACGGGAGGUUCUUGAGGGGGAGAAAUGGGUCCUGCGCACCGAUAUUUGCGUGCGCAGACAAUGAACGACCUGGGCGUAUGGCAACGUCAUCAUUGAUGAUUCUCUCUUCUGUCUAUGG